UGAAUAACGCAUUGGAUAUCACCAUUUGGUCAUUAGGCAGGUGCUAAGUAGUUAUACACGUUUUGAAGGCUUGCGGCUUCUUGUUGGGUGUGCGAAAUUACCUUUCUAAAAGCACGAGCUUCUUCCUUAAUUUAUUUUACGUUUCUGCGAUGUUCAAUAGUUUCGUUUUUCUCAAGUGGUUUUGUGCCCUUCUGCUGGGAAUAACUGAAGCGUUCCAACCAAUCACUAAAAACAACCAUGUUUUGGUCGGCCAUGUUUUGCAGCAAUUCUACGCCAGAGACUGGUUCAGCUGUCUUCAGGCCUGUCAUGAUGAACCAAGAUGCAUCUCCUACAACUACGAGAGAUCAGCAGGCGCCAAUGGUCUGUGUGAAUUGAAUGACUGUGGACUUGACAGAUUGUGCGAAAGAGAAAAGUCCCUCAUCUACUCAAGAGGCUUUGUGUUUCAGCAGAUCAGGAAAGGAAAGUGUUACAAGAGCUGUAAAGAGAUCCAACAUUACGACAAUGAAGCAGUGAGUGGCAUGUACAAGAUCUAUCCCUUGCCAAAUGCGGAACCCGUUGAGGUUUACUGUGAACUGGCAAUUGAAGGGGGCGGCUUCGCUUUCCUUCCUGGAAGUCUCACUUUAAGGAAGGAUGUCCAGCAGAUUGUCAACGCCCUCUUCAAGGACAAGAAAAACGUUCUUCUCAAGUUGCAGAGAAAGGUUGAUCUCAGCGAGUCUUACACUCUGAUCCAGCCACAUCCCAAUUACACAGACUUUCCUUUCGGAGUUUUGGUCAACAACUUCACUGGUUACACCAAGCCAAAGAACCAGUUCAUGAAAGAUUACAUCUUCUUUGGGAUCAUUCCGGAAUCAGCCGCACGAAAUCAAAAUUACCAAGGCUUCAGAUCAAACGGACACAUCAUCCGGUUUGAAAACUGUGACUCAAAUCCCAACAGCCUGUUUGCGUUCCUCCCAAACCACAAUAUGCAAACCCCGAGCAGCAACGGCAAUUCGACCCAAUACUUCGAAACCAAUGGUGUGGCAGUGGACUGGCGUUCCCAGGCCUCUCCGAUCACAAACCCUGGUCGCAUAAUGCCAAGCAAGUUCUUCUUCUUGACAGAGCUCCAUUUUGGAGGUUGCGGUUGUUACACCUCUAGUGACCGCUGGAACAAGUAUGGCUACAACGCGACCGCCAUUGGAAUCCGUUAAGGGCUUAUAACCUUGCCCCAACCCUCCCCGCUUGACAGUAAAUGCGAUAGUGUAAAUGUGGUCGAUAAUUUUUUGCUUUUGAAACUAGUGUUAAGAUCUUUUUUUAGCGUUUAGAUAACAAAGACCUCUACUUAUUUGAAUUUCUUGUAAACAUGAAUCUUUACAGAUAAUCUAUGAGUACGACUAUAUGUCUCCCUCAGUGUUUGUUGUAAGCAAAAAACAGCGGGUGCAAACGAAGUGAUAAUAAAGUUGAUGAGAAGUUAUAUACGUCUUGCCUACCCAAGAUAGCUAAACAGAUCGACAAAACAAAGAAAUUAUUUAAAAAAGCCAUGGCGUGUAGAUUAUGAAAACAUGUUGAAAAAUGUUGUCCAUAGAUCUACACUCACGCCUACACAUGAA